GGUGGAAAGGGGAGGAGGAGGUGAAAGGGGAAGUCCUCUCCGUGUCAGCCGCACUGGCAUUCCAGCUCCACACACAAAAAUCCAACACAUCAGCGGGACUCCUUCGUAUUGUGCCAACUUCUACAAGUUAGGGCAGUCAAAAUGGCAAUGGUGGCUGAAUUCCUGGGGCAACUGUCCCUUGAGGCUGAGUCCCAUGAACCAAAAUACCCCACUGUGACACCUGCGUUGGAUUUUGACCCUGAAAAAGAUGCUGCGAGGAUAGAGACAGCUAUCAAAACUAAAGGUGUGGACGAACAGACAAUCAUUGACGUCCUAACAAAGCGGACGUACUCUCAGAGGAGGGAAAUUGCAUUUGCUUAUGAAAAGAGAGCAAAGAAGGACAUGAUCUCAGCUCUGAAGGGGGCGCUGUCGGGCUCCGUGGAAUCAGUCAUACUUGGUCUGAUGAAGAGCACGUCCCAGUAUGAUGCCUCAGAGAUCAGAGGAUCCAUUAAGGGCCUCGGCACUGAUGAGGAAACACUCAUCGAGAUUCUGUGUUCCCGCAGCAACGCCGAGCUGCAGGAAAUCAAGGAAGUCUACAAGGAGUUAUUCAAGAAGGACCUGGAUAAAGACGUAGCAGGUGACACUUCUGGAAACUUUGCAAAGCUGCUGCUGGCUCUGGUUCAGACCAAGAGAGACGAGCCGUCCUCUGUGGUGGACUACGAGAAGAUUGACGACGAUGCCAGAAAACUGUAUGACGCCGGCGUGAAGGUCAGAGGAACGGAUGUGGCCACCUGGAUCUCCAUCAUGACGGAGAGGAGCGUCCCGCACCUGCAAAAAGUGUUUCAGAGGUACAAGAGUUACAGCCCCUACGAUAUGCAGGAAAGCAUCAUGAAGGAAGUCAAAGGAGACCUCCAGAGGUCCUUCCUGGUUCUAGUGCAAAGCUUUGAAAAUAAGCAGCUGUUUUUUGCCAACAAAUUGCACGACGCUAUGAAGAAUAAAGGAGCCAAGGAAAAGGUGGUGAGCAGGAUCAUUGUGUCACGCUGUGAAGUGGACCUGAAGAAGAUCUGCUCGGAAUACAAAGCCCACCACGGCCAGUCUCUUCAAAAGACCCUCAUGGAACACACCAAGGGAGACUACCAGAGGGUUCUGCUGGGUCUUUGUGGAGCAGAGGACUAAAUUCUUUCACUUGAUAAAUCAAGAUAACUGGACCUAAAGCAGCAAUAUUUUUUUGCAAUGUGAGGAAUGUUGAUAAGUAUUAUUGAAGCAAAAUAGCAAUAAAGCACCACUGCAUAAUAAAAGU